AUGUCUUUCCUGCUGCACUCGCGCCCAUUAGGCAUUGGCCUCGGUCUCGGCGCAGCAUUCACAUCCUACUCUCUCCUCACUCCUAGGAGAACCCGUUACGCUCUGUGCGAUUCCAGCGCUUCUAAUGCAUUCAACUCAUACACAAGCAAUGCCAAAGUGCCCGUGGUGACACGUAGAGGAGGUCUCAACCCCAAUGCCGUACGCCAAAUCUCAAGUGGAAGUAUUGCCGGUGUGCUAGGUGGACUGGCAGUUUCUCUCUUCUCAAAGCCGUUGACUCUGCUUAUUGGUCUUUUGAUCGUUGGUGUACAGUUUGCCGAGUCUCAAUUGGGCGUCAGUCUGAUUCCUUACAACCGCAUGCAACGCUACUUUACCAGCAUUGAUUUGCGCUCUGCCAUGCAAGACAACGUAGCCUUUAAGCUGGCCUUUGGCGCUACGUUUGCAUUGACUGGUUUUGCUCAGCUGUAG